AUGGUGUCACAAGUCGAGCCCUCGCAUUCCCUCGCCCGUCGCGGGCCCUCCUCCGUCGUCUCUCGAUCCUCGAGGCAUCGUCGUCACGGUCACGGACGGUCCCACGCCGGCGGGUCUUCGUUCGUCCCGCAGAACGAGUUCCCCAUUUUCUCGCACACCGGCGACGUCGAGAUCCUCGUCAAGGGCAACCGUUACCUCCUGCACCGCUUAAUCCUCACGCAGUGCUCCGGCUUCUUUGAGGCGAGCACCAGCCAGGAAUGGUCGAAAGCCAGCAGCACGGGCAACGAGGGCGGGGUCGAGCUGGCAAGAAUAGGAGAGGACUUUUCGGGGAGCGAGGAGGCGAGGAACACGGAGGCGGGUGGGAGGAAGAGAAGGUGGUGCUAUGAGCUCGAUACGGGCACGAACGAUGAGGAUGUGUCGAUGCUCGUGCAGAGAGAGAAUACUACCCAGGCGUCGUCGAUUUUUGGGUCGGCGCCGCCGCCUGUACGCAAUAAACCGUCAUCCUCGAAUCCUUCGUUCUUCCGCUCCGUCGCCAACCUCUCUCUCACCUCUCCCCAAGCGCCGGCUGCCCCUCCGCCGAGCCAGCGAGACCAAGAACUACUCAACGAUUACGACAACCUCUUUCGCAUCUUCUACAACUAUCCACCGGCUCUGGACCCGAUCGAUAUAGCGAGCGCGUAUCUCCAGUGCAAGUCGCUAUUGACACUCGCGGAUCUGUACGAUGCGCUCGCAGUCGUAGGGCCGAGGAUCGACCACCACCUCUUGCAGUUCCAAUCCCGGCUCUGGAAACAGAUUGCUAAAUACCCAUCCUCGUACCUCAAGCUCGGCUACCUCGCGCAGUCGAAGUCUAUCUUCCAGGAAGCCCUCAUCCAUGUCGUCGGCGCCUGGCCCACGGGCGAGCGCCACAUCCGACACCAGCUGCCGGACUCGGUACUCGAUAUCAUCGAAGACAAAGUUGAGGAGCUUGACGACCUAGUGGGCAAGAUUGAGGGAAGGCUUUACAGGUUGACGCUUACAACGUCGAGAGGGGAGAGGAUCACUCCGCAUAAUGGGUAUCUGGAAUGGCUUGCGGUAAGUCUAUUUAGACAAUGGCUCGCUGAAAGCACGGCACCUCCUCCUCCUCCCCCUCCACGGCCUAGAACCUCGCAGUCGAGGAGUGGACACGGUCACGCGAGGAACAACAGUAUAACCGCCACCGCAGCAGCAGCAACGCAACACGCCAACCACACGGUCCAGCAACUCUCUCCGCUCCCGGCCUCCUCUUCCCUCUCCUCUCCGUCAGCAGCACCCACAAACCCCAACCUCGGCCGCGUGUUCCGCACUUUGGGCACGAGCCCGGCGACGUACCUCGGCCACGACGAGUGCAAGCGGUUCUUGAAGCUGACGCCGGAGUACUACUCGCGGGAGAACGUGAAGCGCUUCGAGAAGAAGCUCGAGGAGUUGAAGGGCUUGGCGAGGGAGGUUUGCCGGCCGCUGAUGCGGUGCUACCUGCUGGGCGAUGGGGCGGGCGCGAAUUACCUGACGUGUACCAAGGUUUCGGAGAGGGAUUUUCCGUGGAAUGAAUGA